UUUCGACUGCUAUAUUCGCCAACUAUUUUUUACAGUAUUAUUUUUAACAGUCGUUUACCUCUUGGUUUAACUAUUUUGUAAUUAUAUCGUAUAUUACGUAUUUUUGUGCAUGAAAAAUAAAGUAAAAAUUCCAUCAAUGAAAAAAAAUAAUAUAUAAAUAUAUACGUACAUAACUACGGUUACUUAGGCGUGAACCAAUAUUUAUACGUAAAUGAACAUUUUUUUCCAGCUUUAAGGCUUUUUGUCUAAUGAUUGUUCUGAAAAAUUAUUCAAGGAUACUCAAAUUUCUUAACUUAGUUGAGGUAUAAUUUGAACAUGAAUUCGAGUAUUGAUAAAGCGAAACACUUUUUCGCUGAAAGUGGGAUCCUAGGACCAACCAACUUAAAGGACUCACAUGACUUUAUUCGGAAAACAUCUACAAUUCACAUUGAUACUAGCCUACAGAAUCAGAUACGAAAAACAUCAUUGUGUUUGCGGACGAGGGUCUUUAACGAAACAAAUACUUUGAACACCUUUGACGAUUCCAUACUUAAUCUUCAAAACGAAAUCUGUAACAUAAGAGAAGCUUUAGUCAACGGCGAGACUAAAAUUGUAAUUCUCCGAACUGAAAUUGGUAAACUAAAGCAAGCACUUCAAGCAAUAAUCCAUGUCCACAUGGAAGCUCGAAACUACCCCGAUGAAAUUACCAUGAAAACUAAAAAUCCCACGCCGAGUCUUUGUUUAUUUUGCCAACCCAUUAAUAGUUCCAUUAAAGGAUCGCCAAGCAGCAGCUCUACCUAUACCAACAGAAGCAAAACUUAUAAGCCAAAUAAUAAAGUUGUAGGUGAAAGAAUGAAGAACAAAGUUUGGAUCGAUGGCAAAUAAAAGCACUCAAGAAAUAAAAACAUACUUAUUGUUUUUUAUAUAUUUUGUUUUGAUUUGUGUUGUUAGAGUACAAUAAAUUGUAUUAUUAUUAGCCGAAGCAGAAUUAUUAUAUUUAAUAUUACACUUUAUUGAGGUUAAUUUUAUCUAUUACAUUUGCAAUAAUAGCGUAAUAUAUACAAUAAAUUAAUAACGUUAUUAUAACAUAUUUUUUAUACUAAAAAAUGUUUAAAAACUUAGUUUCUUAGAAAGCACUUUGUAAGGUUAGGGACAAACAAGAAUUGCACUUAUCCCUGAAAUUAAAAUUACAACUGGAGCAUUUCAAAAUUGAUGUAUGUAUAACUAAAUAACAAAGUACAAAUCAAAAAAUGUUGGAGAAUUCUAUUAUUGAUAUUGUUAUUAUUAACUGAAAAUUCACUAUUACUAGAUUAUUUGAACUUGAUUACAACAAUGUAUCCUACUCUAUGAAUUAUAAAUUAUAAGUUUACAUAUGAUAUUUAGCUAGUAGAGAAAACGGUUGAGGCCUCCAAUAUUUGUGUUAUGAUAAUUCUUAAUUGGUAAAUAUAAAUUGCAACUGUAAA